AUGUUCAAGAAACCCCUUGGGAAUCUCAAAACGUCCGCACCAAUCCGGAGCUCAGAUAGACGCAAAUUCAAAGAGCGCGUCACAAGGACAUUCUCCAUUUCCGCAGAUGUUGGAGAUACACUCGUGCCAGAUGGAUUACAAUCCGCAAAGUUUAUCACGCACCUUGACGAGCCCGGCGUGGCAUAUUUGGCUCCUGACGGUGAUCCGAUCUGGUUCACAAUCGGGAAAGGCAAAGAUGCAGACGAGCUUAUCCCUUCUGUGUACACGCUAUGGAAACACCCCAAUCUCCUUCCAGUACUUUCGACGCCGUCUGCUGUCGUUCCCGUGCUCAUCGGUGGUGCAGACCUAAUGAUACCUGGUGUGUUCCAUCACCCGGCCAACCUUGUCGUCGGGCAACUUGUCAGCAUCACCACCGUCUCGAGAGAUGGGAGCUCACUGGGCGCGCCGUUGGCUGUUGCCCGGGCUGAUGUAGAUGCCUCGGUGAUCACCCAGCGUGGAAAGGGGAAGGCAGCUCGCGUGCUUCAUACUUGGAAAGACCACCUGUUUACGAUGGGUAGAGGUGGGGAUCCUCCGGAAGGAAGCAAUGUAACCCUGUCCGACGGAGAAGAGGCAGACAUAGCCAACGAUCCUGAGGAGACCAAUGUGGGGAAAGGCUUGAAGGAUCUCAGCAUCGGGGGAGCCGCUGAGAUAUCAGGUAACGACCAAGUAAAGCUCGGCAAAUCAGAGUUUACUCCUUCGAACCCCGCAUCAAAACCUGCAGCUGCAUCAUCUUUCAGCAAAGAAGAGGUGUCAGACAUACUAAGAGCGUCUCUCAUACAGGCUAUCGCCACCACCGUCAGUUCCUUGCCCGCGGCUACUUUUCCCAUCCCCGCCAGCACGUUCUACUCAGCACAUAUCCUCCCUGCGCGCCCAGCGUCUUCACAAGCAACCCCAAUAGACAUUAAGCACUCAUCAUACAAGUCUCUCACCACCUUCCUCAAGGCAACUGAGAAAGAUGGCCUUGUAAAGCUGAAGGACCUCAAAGGAGAUAUUUUAAUCCUAUCUAUAAAUGCGGGCCAUGUUGAUGUUAAGAGUCACGCCAAGUACACGACCAUUCGCGACGUUGAAGCGAAGAAAGAGCGUCAGGAGCAACGCGAACGCGCUGAGCAAGACCGAGCACAUGAGCUUGUAGUGAAUGAGCUGUGGCGACCGCAUUUACAGACGUUGUCUUUCUUUCAACAAGGCGGCUUUGACACAGAGGCACUCUACACACACCAAGAUCUUAAGUCGACCCUUAACUCCUAUAUCGCUGCCCAUCAUCUCACGAAUCCCAACGACCAAGCCUAUGUCAAUGUAGAUGGGGUUAUUCGCACCGCCAUUUCAUCCAAGAAACCGAGCGAAACUGCGUCAACCUCCAGCGAACCCCUUUUCGUAAAGCGCGAAGAGCUCAUUCAGCAGCUCUCCAGCAAAAUGCAGAGUUGGCACCAGAUUUACCGUGAAGGCGAUUCUGUGCCACCACCGCCCAAGAAAGGCCAACUCAAGCGAAUUUCUGCUGCGGUCAAAACGCGCCAGGGGAAUCGUGUGGCUACGCUUAUCACUGGCUUUGAGCCUUAUCUUCUUGACGCCGACGAACUUGCAGAAGAACUACGAAAAACCUGUGCAAGUGCAACCUCAGUAUCACCCCUGGCCGGUAAGAAUGCGGGGUUGGAAAUCUUCGUUCAAGGCAAGCAGGUCAAGCCAGUUGUAGACCUCCUCAUCUCGAAAGGUGUGCCAAAGCAGUGGAUCGAUGCAGAGAUACCCAAAGCCAAACCCAAAGGAAAGCGAUGA